GCCGACACACAAAGCAAUGAGAGACAAGCGUCACCUAACAAGUGAAUUUAGCUACCCACAAUCCACAUCAUCUUCUUCCUCCCAAUUCACGCUAUGCUGCUGAAAUCCCGAGACUUUACAAUUUACAUGCUCCUCGCUAAAAUACGCCGUGACUCAACGAAGUUGAUCCCUGCGCCCCGACUAAUGCUCUGAGAAUUCAACGCCUCUCAAUGGCUCACUGGAUCUCCUCGAAGCUCAAAGCCGCUGAAACCCUACUCCAACAGAUCGACCAGCAAGCUGCUGACUCACUCAAAAAAAAUGAAAAAGAGACGAUAGAUGAUCCAUUGGUUGUUGAAACUUCAUCAAAAUCUCCUGAAACUAAAUCACUGAUAAAGGACCAGCUGAAGAAGAAAAGCCCAGAAAAUGUGCUUAGCCCAAGUAUUUCUCCCAGUCACAAUCGUGAUUUAAGUGCAUUUAGUAGAAGUAACAGUGAUGUUAACAAGAAUGUUGAAGCUGAGAGGUCACCGAACUUGAAUUCAAAGCCAAACUUGAGUCCAGGACUAACUGAUAGUGAUUGGACAGAGUUACUCAGUGUGCCAGAUAAAAGGCCUGUAUCUGGUGCAGGAGUUACAUCACAAGGUAGUAAUCGGGUACCGGUAACUCGGGCCCUUAAGAAAAAUGGGAAAAAGGCAGGCAAUUCUGGGAAAGGACUAAAUCUGUCUGUGGUAGACGGCAGGACUGAAAAGGUUGGAAAUAAUGAAGUUUUGAAGAGAUCAAGAAAAUCAAAUGUUGGGUCAGAGAGUAACACUAGUGCUGAUACCAAUGAGAAGACGAGCAUUGUUGGGGAUGCAACUCCAAGAACCAUAAGCUUUCAGUCCGUAAGCAGUGGAGGUGAAUCCAACGAAAGAAACGAUAUGCUGACACCUAUGUUUGGCACAACAAAAUCAGGAACACUGGAGGGGGUGAAUGAUACUGUAGAUGUAGAGAAGCUGAUUUUGUUAAAUGAUAAUGAUCCCUCUUCCCAGAUGACGUCGGUUUCCCUGGACAAGAAAUCGGAUAUGGAGGUGGAACUGAAUGAUAGUGAUAGGCCUGAAACCGCAAUUAGUGGGACUAUUAGUUCAAAAAUUGGUCCCAGGGGUUCUAGUUCUAAAAAGAAGGUGUUACCAUUACCAAGUGAGGUAGACUCUAAUUCUGAGACAGAUACAUCAUCAUCAGAUUCAGAGAGUGAGAGAGAAAGGGAAGAAAGAAGAAAGAGAAAGCAACAGAUUCUGGCCGAGAAAGCAGCUGCAAAAGCAAUCGAGGCAAUUAAAGAACGAGAGAACAUGGUUGCUAGGUUAGAGGGGGAGAAACAGAGUUUGGAGAAAAUGUUUGAAGAGCGAGCAAUACAACAAGUGCAGGAGGCUUCAGAAUUACAGACUACAAUGAUGGAGACCAUGGAUGCAGUUGAGCUAGAGAAGCAGAAGCAUAAUAAUACUCGUAUGGAGGCCCUUGCACGAUUAGCAAAACUUGAGAGUCUAAAUGCUGAUCUUGCAAGAUCUUUUGCUAAUGUACAAAAAAGUCUUGAAGUAGAGGCUGAUCGUAUAGCUGAACUUCGUCACCAAAUUCAGGUGAAAGAGUCUACUCUCGAAGAUUUGAGAAGAGAAAUAUCAAAUACACACCAAAAUGGUGAUGCCCUAAGAGCUUCAAAAGGUGCUGAGUUUGAAAUGGAGAUGCUUGAGGCAGAAUAUUCUUUCGUAACUGACAAAGUAGCAAGAAUGCAAACUCAGGCCAAGACUCUGGAAAUAAGCAUUGAAACAACCAGAAGAGAAAUAGAAGAUCCUUCUGAAGUUGAAAUUGAGCUCAAGCGAAGGCUUAGUCAGUUGACAGAUCAUUUGAUUCAAAAGCAAGCUCAGGUGGAAACACUAUCUUCAGAGAAGGCUAUGCUACUUCUUAGGAUCGAGGCCGUAUCAAAAUUGUUGGACGAGCAAGGGCCAGCUGAUUUCCCGAGCACCUCAUCUAGGGAUGAACUGGACCAAGGUACAUGGCACUUAUCCAACUCAAAGUUCAGGUCCUUAUUGAAAGGGAGAAUGCAAUCUGGUCAACAUCAGUUUGGGUCGUUGGUUCGACAACUGGACUCACUGUUUUGCACCGGUGCUGUGUUCCUUCGAAGAAAUUCAACAGCCAGAGCUUGGUCCCUUGUAUACUUGGCGUGCCUCCAUCUCUGGGUUGUAUACAUACUGAUGUCGCAUGCUCCGGUCACGGACGACUCUAGAUCCGGUGCCGUCAUCUCACUGGAGAAUAUUAACAACACUGGAGGAGGUGUCUGAAUAAUUGUGUACUUUUGCAUUAAUAUUUUUUAUCAGAAGGGAUCUUGUGUAUAGUUAAAUGGAUUUUCCCCCGACUUGAUACACAUUAAUGUACAGAAUAGAACAUGUCGAGUCAUUGCACCAAGGUAUAGUUCUAGUGGUCACUGGGUGAUGCAUGGGGAGGAUUUAAAAAAUUGUUACUUAUAUUUUUUUGACUGUCAUGUAUUUUUGAAACGAAUGCAGUAUGCAUUAAUUUGUUCGCUAUUAAUUAUUAUCUCAUUUCAUUUUUACUA